AUGCUUAGACACAGCCUAAGGAGGCAGCUAGUACUCCUCAGACCUUUGCACCGAAGCAAUGUACAACUAGAAACGAAACACACCUUUGCUGCGGACCUUGGUUCUGAGGGCUUAGAGCUAUCGAUUUCGGAACAGCAGCUACUCAACGAUGUCUUCGACAAACUACUAGACAGCUCUGAUCGCCAGAACGCACCGGCAAAGACUGUAAAUACUGAUCGAAAUGACAAGCAUCCAUCCGGCCCUCAGUUGCUGUUUGAGCAGAAGCAGAGGGGCGGGCUUCCAGCACACGGUAUAUUAGACUUUGCAGCUGAAAACAAAGCUACUGUCGCCGGCGGCGCGAAGCUGGCAGCCCCCGAGCUUGGCAGAUACCCAGUGUCGCUGACGCCAGAGUACUUUGGAUCUAUUGGCAUGGAUAUCCCAUCCCACAACUUCAACAAGUUGCAAGUUAGUGCGGCAGUCAUAGGCGACGUAGAACGUACAGAACGGCUAAAGGCGAAAGUGGAGCAAGCGUUGCGUCCCCAUAUUGAGUAUCUUCGAAAGCAUGUGGUUACGGACGAGACUCUUCUGCAGCAGCUUCAGCAAUACUUGCGUGAUUUUGCAAACCGGGAUAAGAAGUUCGAUCGUCCCUCCGAGCAACACAUCGAAGAUAUCGAGGCAUCAUGCCAAAAAAACCCCAAGGUGCUGCCGCCACCAUACUUUCUAACUAUACCGGCUGUGUUGAAUGAGCUGUUCACCAGCAAAGACUUCGCCUUUUCCGACAGAAGGCGCUACAGUCUCCUGUCCAUGAUAUACCAGACGUGCAAGACAUCCAGGGAUAUAUCGAUGUACUUACAGAUAUGCAAUGUGGACUUCUACAACCUCCUGCUAACAUAUUCGUGGAGAAACUUCCAGGAUGUCCGCGCGGUCAAUAGAAUUCUCCAGGAUAUGAACGCCAACGGGAUCAUGGGCGAUAUUCAAACGAUGGAGCUCCUGGUAGCAGUAAGCGACAAGAUGCAGUAUAUGCUUGAUGGCAUUUUUGAUGACACCAUCCCGGAAGACUUGCACUCCACUGGGAUUUUGUACUGUAAAGACGUUGCAGACGAUGUCAAACGCAUCAACCGGUACCUGAAGCUCCUCAAACAAACUCUGUUAGAAGACAAGGCAGUGCCAAAAAGUAUAUAG